CUCCACUCAUGCUAUUAUUGUUCAAGCUUAUUUGUUUAUCAAAACUCUAAUUGAACUGGAAUUUAAAAAAGCUGUUUCUGAGUAUCGUCAGCAAUUUCACUAUCGAAUCCGGAAAUUUAUUAGUUUUUUUUCACUAAUUAUUAUUUAAAGCAAUUUUUUUCCACAUUUGUAAAUGUAAGUAGUUAUAUGAGCUAGAGCAGUCUGUUAUUUCUAACAUUGUUGGUAUUUAUAUUUUAUGUUUUUUUAAUUGUCGCAUAUUUUUCGUAAUGUAUCAGUGUCUCCACUGGUGUCUGCUGUUGUAUUAAAUCUUAAUGCAAUUUGCUCUACUUUUUUACCGGAAGUAAUCAAGUAUCUUUUUUGUAGUUCUUAGUUUAUAAUUUUGAACAAAAUUGACCUUUUUUUUCUUUGCGCGUAAAAUUGCUACUUCGGUUUCCUUAUCUGCUAACGAUUUUAAUAAAAUAAUAAAGUUAUUUAUAUUAAUAACGUUAAUGUUAAAAAUGUUUACCGAUAAGCCAAUGCUUAAGUGGCCGGUUUAAACUUAGCUUAGAGUUAAACUCAGUUUAAGCUCAAACUGAGCAAAGCCUUUCAUGAAACACAGAACGCACAUUACCGUUUUUUACGUUUUUUUGGCUCUUUAUAUGAUACCUUGUUUUUCAUCAACGUACGUUGAAUAAAAGUAAAAUAAAUGGCUUUUUAAUUAAUGUCUGUCAUUUCGAUGUAGCGGUUGAGCGAGGCAGUGGGCAAGCCCCCGUUCCUGAUUUCAAAAUGCAUCUAACGAACUGUGACGUCUUGAUGAUUGACUAUUAAUUUAAUGUCCAGGAUUUCGUUCGCUUUUUGAAGAACGCUCGAUAAAUCAUACGAGAAUGCGUGGCCCGUACUCGCCCUAUAUUUACUACGUUGCACAACCGUCGAUUACCAGCAAUUUAUGCCACAUAUCUCUCGGAUUUUUCCGGAAUUUUUAAACACUGCAUAAUUGCCAUAAUCCAGAUGAUAAGAGCAGUCAUGCGGGCGAAACCAAACAAAAGCAAAGACUUAAUGAAUUAUUUUAUUUGCGAUCUGAUUACGUAAAUAACUUUCGCUCAAGAAAACAAAAAAGAUUAAUUUGAUCCCAGGAUCGGGCAUAAUUUAUGGCUUUUGCGUGUCUAACAGUACGAAAACGGCACUUUUUGCACCAGACAAGAGUCAAAAGUCAAUUUAACGGUAAUCAAAAUUUGCAUAAAACUCGAAUAAAAUUUAUUUUUAACAAGGAAGGAGAAAUAUUAAUUUGCAAGAUCCGAAAAUAGAUAAAAAAAUAUCAACUUUUACUAUUGUCUUUGAUGAGCAAUGCGCCGACUUACGAAAAAACACGAAUUUGCAAUUCAAAUGUUGCCGUCACGUGUCGCUAAUUAAUCACUGAUUAGUAAUGUUGGUUUUGAAAUUUUUCGAAUUUUCCGUCAGUUAUUCAGUGUUCUGGUUUCAUAAUCGCAAUUUUGAACAUCCUGCCUUAAAAGCACUAAACACUUCCCAUACAAGUAGGAAAAAUUAUGACACCGCAAUUGCAAAUUCUCCCACCGAAAACAAUCAAAUCGGAUUCUCCCAUGAUUGCAUCGCCCUCAUGAAAAUUCAAUGCAAUGAUAAUUCCACGUUUCUUCAGUUAUGAAAAUCAGGUCGUUUCGUUACGUCAGUCUGUUGUCAUCGCACAGUUUUUCAUACCAACAGUGAAAAUUCACAUAGUCCUUGCAUAACUGAGAGAAAUGGGACACUUUAUGCCAAUUCAUAAAGACAAGUCGUUAAAUUUAACGAAACGAUUGUGCAACACUGCCAAGUUGCACUCUGCAAUGGAAAAAUUACAUGGCUGGUUCUCUUUGACGAACGAAAAAGGUGAAAAGAGCGCCGUGGUGUACACGUCGGUUUUGCAACUCGUCCGAGAACAAGUCUGCUCUUUCGUCAGCAUGCAACCGUUCACGGCCUAUGCCUCCCAAACGGCAGACCUUACAGACAACAGCGGCAAAGUGCAAUAUUUAAAGACCCAAGUCCGCGCGGGCCAGCUCUUCCAACUCCGGGCGGUCUUCCAGCAUAAGGAGCGCCCCGACGGCGGCAAAAACUCGACAAGGUCCUCCAGGAUACCUCGCUCGGCCCGUGACAAAGACCUUGCAAACCGUUACGCUCAACUCGUCAGUCAAAACAACCAAGAAUUGUACGUCCCACUCACGGCGAAAGGCGAAUUCUACGAAAUCCACAGUUCGAUGAAAGCGAAGCUCUGCUUCCCUGGGAUGUUGGAUAAAACUGGACCGCUGGCUCUGGACAAAGACUGUCUUUAUCGAAUUACGCACUUAUUGAGACGAGUGGCACUUCCAGUCAAAGUCAAAUUGAUCACCGGCCCGCUGCCACCCGGGCUGCCCAAAGAUUUCACAGAUACUUUCAUCCUAGAGAACAAAUUUCAAGAACCUCUAAUGGUCACUUGUACUCUACCACCUCUGAAUCAAGACAUCAUCCAGCACCAAAUCAGCUGCAUCAACCUCAAUUCUAAUGUGAAAUUAUCAAAAAGUACCUUGGGCUUUGACUCCGAAAACCGCCUCUUCAAGUCGCAGCGACUCCAAGCAGCUUUGGCGUUUUGUCACAAAAACGUCGAAAGUUGGUACCGGGAAGUCCGACUAGCUCCUGAUUUGAAACAGGAGGAACUUUGCCCCGAAUGCAGGAAAACGUCAAGUGAAUGUGAGGGCAACUGUGCGGCCCCAGACUUCGACAAUCGACAAAUCAUAACGAAAGAAGUCUUGGAAAAAUUCCCAAAACCGAAAAAAUGGUACAAACACUUUAAACUUCUGGGCAAAAACGACGAAGGCCCCCAGUUUGCCGACCUGAGGGACCCCCUCGACGGCAUGGAAAAGGGCAAGAGCAUAGAGCGAUAUAAAGACAUGUCGAAACUAAUCGAAGAAAAAUUCGGCCGGAAAAGCUACAACCCGGUGAAAAAAUCCGCCAGUUUUAUGUUUUCCACCAAGCGUAUCGACUUGGAGGAAACCAACCACCAAGUUAAAAACAACCCUGCUUUGCUCAAAUGUCAGAGUUUAGACACCCAACUGUAUUCAAUCGCUGAAACCCAGAAAAUAAACCAAGACCGCGGCUCUCUCCGAAGCUACGACUUCCAGAUGUGCAUUUUGGACGAAACCAGCAGCAAAGACAACCUCGACGAAAUCAAGCCCAUCUCCGAGGUGAAGCUGAAGAAGACUAAGCCGGACCUCAUCCCCACGCUACCCAAAGCCGAUCCCGACCAUUCCUACAUCACCGAGAGGCUCUGUUCCGAAUUCCAUGUCAAAACCAAAGUACAAAAAAGCAAGUGCUCCAAGAUGGAAGUGCGAUUGAGUGGCCGACACCAGAAGAGCGCGCUCACGGUGUAUGAACCCCAAAAAACGGUGAUAGUGCAGGUGCACGAGGUCAAGUCUGAUGGCUUUGUUAACGUUGAUGAUAUACCGUACAGCCAUGUGGCUGAUGAGGUGUGUCAGAGACCCAGUGGCGGGAAAAGUACCGAUGAGAAUAUUUAUGCGGAAAUCUGCGAGAGUUCGACGUGUACGAGAUGUGAUAAUAGUAAAUUGUGCGAGUGUAAGAGGACUAAGAAGGAGACGGAGUAUUGUUAUGUGAAGUUGGGCUCAAAUGGGGACAGUGUGACGCAGUCAGACUCGGACGAAGCUAUAUACAAUACGCUAAGAUGAAGAUGCGCUUAAAUCUAAUUUAAAUAUUUUUAUUAAUAAUAAUAUUAUAAGUAAUAUUGUUCUCCUACCAAUAAAAUAUUUAAUACGAUUA